AUGAAUAUACAAGUUCUAUCAAUCUCUUCUCCUCUUAUAUGGUAUCAGAGCGGGUUAUACAAUCCUGACUCUCUUUUCUUUCUCGAUCUUCCUCACCCUCUCAUCCCCUUCAUUCUUUUCCUCUUAUCUUACAUUAACUCCAUCAUGUCCACUACAACGGCAGAGACAGUAGAUCUCACACCCGCUACCCUCUUGAACAUCAACAUGUCGAAUGUUACAAAACUGACAUCGACAAACUACAUGAUGUGGAGUCUUCAAGUUUAUGCCUUGCUUGAAGGCUAUGAACUAGCCGGACAUCUCGACGGAACCAACCCACCACCGUCCCCGACAAUCACCACCGAAGGAGUCGAAACCACGAAUCCUGCCUACGCGCUAUGGCGGCGCCAAGACAGACUGAUCUUCAGUGGUCUGAUUGGCUCCAUCGUAGUCUCGAUUCAGCCGAUUGUCUCCACAGCCAAAACUGCCUCAGACAUAUGGACCACUCUUGCUGCUACGUACGCCAAACCCAGCAGAGGCCACAUCCAGCAACUCCGACUUCAGAUCCGUCAAUGGAGCAAAGGCACCAAGACCAUUGAUGAAUAUAUUCAAGAACCAAACGCCAGAGUUCCUCCGUCCAUUUGCAUCGCAGGAAAAUAUGGUCUCUGUUUUCAACAAAAGAAUUGCACAAGCAGCAGCAAAGAGACGAAGUGUUUCAGCUUCAAGAGAACAAAGAAGAAGAAGAAAGAAGAGGAGAAAAUGAUAGUAUCUACAGAAAUCGCAAAGAGAUGGAGAGAUCUGAGCGGUCAAAACCAUUGGAAAGGGAUGCUACAGCCGUUGGAUCAAGAUCUCUGGGAGUAUAUCAUACAUUAUGGGGAGAUGGCUCAGGCUGGUUAUGAUACUUUCAAUAUAAACACUGAAUCUAAAUUCGCCGGCGCUAGCAUUUACUCCAGAAAAGAUUUCUUUGCCAAGGUUGGUUUAGAGAAAGCGCAUCCGUAUACUAAGUACAAAGUGACCAAGUUUCUAUACGCAACAUCACAUAUCCACGUGCCUGAGUCAUUCCUAUUGUUCCCGUUGUCACGUGAGGGAUGGACAAAGGAAUCAAACUGGAUGGGUUACGUAGCGGUGACAGACGACCAAGGCACUGCGGUUCUUGGCCGAAGAGAUAUAGUCGUCGCUUGGAGAGGUUCAGUGCAACCACUUGAAUGGGUCAAUGACUUCGAAUUCGGUUUAGUGAACGCCCAAAAUAUCUUCGGUGAGAAAAAUGAUCAAGUACAAAUCCAUCAAGAUUGGUACUCAAUCUACAUGUCUGAGGACGAACGAUCACCUUUUAGUAAGGCCAAUGCGCGUGAUCAGGUAUUGCGAGAGAUUGGGAGAUUGUUGGAGAAGUAUAAGGACGAAGAAGUUAGUAUAAGUAUAUGUGGUCAUAGUCUUGGAGCUGCACUCGCCACGCUCAAUGCUUCGGAUAUAGUGGCUAAUGGUUAUAACCGACCAAAGAGCCGUCCUGACAAAUCUUGUCCUGUUACGGCCUUUGUCUUUGCUAGUCCUCGUGUUGGAGAUUCUGAUUAUAGGAAACUCUUCUCCGGAUUGGAAGAUCUCCGAGUAUUACGGGUAAAGAAUCUACCGGACGUAGUUCCGAUCUAUCCACCAUUAGGCUACGCCGAAGUCGGAGAAGAGCUUUCCAUUGACACAAGAAAGUCGCAAUACAUGAAAUCUCCAGGAAACUUCGCGACGUUUCACUGCCUAGAAUCUUACUUGCAUGGCGUUGCGGGGACUCAAGGAACGAGCAAAAGUGACAUAUUCAGACUUGAUGUGAAAAGAGACAUUGGACUGGUCAACAAAUCAGUCGACGGGCUAACAGACGAAUGUAUGGUCCCAGGAAAUUGGAGGGUUCUUAAAAACAAAGGUAUGGUCCAGCAAGACGAUGGCUCUUGGGUUUUAUUGGACCAUGAGAUCGAUGAUAAUGAAGAUUUUGAAUUCUGAUUUUAUUCAUUUAUUAUUUAUUUAUUUUUGGGUGUUUUUUUUGCUAAAAUUUGGGAUGUCGAUGAUUGGAAAAAACUAUAUAUGUAUUUCAUCUUUUAAAUUUGUACUUUUGUUUGUUUGUUU